GAGAUCACGAGCUGGAGCAGCAAGCCCUGUCCCGUGAGGCUGAGAGGAGGAAUUUCUCUCGUGCUGAUUGGAUUGUGUUUUUUUGUGAUUGAGACUUGUUCCGACUUGUCCUGUGUGUGCAGCAACUCCAAGACUCUCCCAGGCUGCGGGUCCCAGUCACCAUGCCACCAAAGAGGAAAUCUGUUGGCACCAAACAAGCUGUUGCCAAGGGCAAAAAGGUCAAAGUUGAACCAGAGGAAGAUAACUUCAAGUCAACUGCUAACGCCCUGAAAGCAGCUCCAAAGGAGAAGAUCAAGGCCAAGAUUGACGAAUAUUGCCAUCUGAGUGUCGGUGCAGCUGUGAUUCAUGAGGACUAUGACUGCAUGCUGAACCAAACCAACAUUGGAAACAACAACAAUAAGUUCUACAUUAUCCAGCUGAUCGAACUGAACGGCGAGUACUACUGCUGGAACCGCUGGGGCCGGGUGGGAGAACCUGGCCAAGACAAGUUGAGUUCUUCACUUACACUGGACAAUGCAGUGAAGGAGUUUGAAAAGAAGUUCAAAGACAAGACGAAGAACAACUGGGCGAAUAGAGAUUCCUUUGUCGCACAUCCUGGAAAAUACACCAUCAUUGAAGUUCAGCGGGGCAAUGAAAAAACAACAAUUAUGAAGGAUGACACUGUGGAUGGAAGUGAAGUGGUGAAUAAGAAUGUCCAACCUUGCACUUUAGACAAAGCCACCCAGAGCCUGAUAAAACUGAUCUUCAGCAACGAUAUGUUCCAGGAACAGAUGGAAACGAUGAAUCUUGAUUUGAAGAAGAUGCCCCUUGGGAAGCUGAGUAAGCAGCAAAUUGCCAAGGGCUUUGAUGUACUGAAUGAGAUGGAAGAGGCCUUGAAGAGAGCCCGCAACACAAAACAGCUGGAAGAGUUGUCCUCAAAGUUCUACACUAUUAUUCCUCACGACUUUGGACGUAAUCGACCCCCAGUGAUUGAUACUCCAGAAGUGCUUCAAGCCAAAAAGGACAUGCUGCUGGUGCUUGCAGAUAUCGAACUUGCACAGAGUCUCCAAGCAGAAAAGGAAGAAAAGCCGAAGAUGGAGGAUGUUGAGGUGCCACAUCCUCUGGAUGAAGACUACAAUCUAUUGAAGUGUGACCUGUCACUUGUGCCGUGCAACGAUGAAGAAUUCAAGAUGGUUAAGAAAUAUGUGGAUGCAACUGGUUGCUCAUAUCGUUCCAUUAAGGUUGUCAAUGUCUGGAAGUUGGACAGACAAGGAGAGGCCGAACGUUUCAAGAAACACCAGGAGAUCAAGAACCGUCGUCUCCUGUGGCACGGGACCAACAUUGCCGUUGUUGCUGCAAUCCUGAAAACUGGGCUGCGGAUCAUGCCGCACUCAGGGGGCCGUGUUGGUUGUGGGAUCUACUUUGCAUCUGAAAACGACAAGUCGGCAGGAUAUGUUGGCUUCACAUCCAAGAAUGAAGGUGUCAUGUUCCUGACGGAAGUGGCUUUGGGGAGAGAACACUCCAUUUUUAAAGAUAAUAGUCAACUGAGAAAUCCUCCCAAAGGCUUUGACUGUGUCGUUGCCCGUGGUGAAACUGAACCAGAUCCCUCUAAGGACAAGGAACAUAUUAUGGAUGGGAAGAGGGUGAUGGUGCCACAGGGCAAACCCAAGAAGAUGAAGCUGGAUAAAACCACCAGCUUUAGCCAGAGCGAGUAUGUGGUCUACCAGGAGAGCCAGGCAUACCUCCGUUACUUGGUGCAGGUGACGUACUGACAGUCCCCUGCUGCUCCUGCACCUGGGAGACCCACAGACCUGUUGGCUUCCCAGAGUUGCCUUAAUUGAGAAAACAAUAAUGAGCUUACUUUCUUUCCUCCUGCAUUGGGCUGGUUGGGUUAGUCUUCCAGAACCGCUUUUGAACUUCUUGCCCAAUAUUACAGAUACCAAGGGUGGAGUGAGUUCUGUCCAGGACACAAAAACACUAAAGCAAGUUCUACACCCUCUUCGCUGAGUGCAGGCUAGUUCAGCUGGGCUGUUUAGUGGCAUCAUUUGACCAGACAGCUCUGUUUCAAUCCUCACAGGCAGAUGUCAAUGAUGCAAUGUUAGUUCUGAGUUAAUGUCAGUCACUGACCAUGUGGGGAGUUCCACGACUGGGAUAUUUGGUCUUACUCAGCCAGGCUAGACUUCUGACAUUGGGCAGAACUGACUAAAUCCCACAUGAGGCUCCCUCAUAGUAAAUCCGUGAACUGACUGAUUCUGCUCUCACACCUUUCCCAAGGAUAUACGUUGAUUGGCACAACCACUGGAUACAGUGAGCAACUCAUUGAACCGAUGGGGUUGAACCUAAAAUUUCUUUGAGUAACUCAGUGAGGUGGGUUUAAAUCACCAGGUCACACUACAGUCUUUAUUUAAGGCCACUGAGUAACUCCCUCAGCUGCUAAUCUUGGCAUCUGUUGAACCUCAGAGUAACAGAGAAUUAGCUUCCAAGCCUCCACCAGACCACACUCAGUUUGUAGGAGACCCUGGCACCAAGGUAUCCCAGAUGGGUUGGAUUGGGUGAUGCUCUAUCUAGCUGUCUCCAGUCACGUCACUCUUGGCUUCCUGAGUUGCCCAUCAUCAAUUUAGGGACUUUUGUUGCCACACGAGGAACGUAAACAGUUCCAUAGUUGGUGUAUGAUUUCUCCAUCAGUGCACUAACUUCUCCUUGGAUGCUUAAGUAUUCAUUCCCAGUAUUUUCCCCGCAGUCUUUCUUGGCCGCUGGAAAUGGCUGGCAGACUGAAACUGGGGCAGAAAAGAUGAGGUGGGAACCCCCAGGUUUGAGGCCCCAAACCUGUGGGUCUAUGUGCAGAUUGAUGGGCUUUGAUCCUGGCCACCCAUCUAACCAGUGCAUCGUCUAUGGCCUUCCUCUUUCCUGAGAUUAGCUUGCUGUUGUGACAAGCAGAAGUGGAGGCUGGUUGAUGGAUAGCCUUUGGACUGGUUGGCUGUGAUGGGACGCCGACAAUUGGUGAUUGUGCCGCGAUGUUUCGACAAGAAGUUGAAACAGUGAUUCCAUAGUUUGCCACAGUAUCAGGGCCCAGCACUCAGCAUAGGACAGCUCUCCAAUCUCGGGUACAUGGAGGUUAUAGGUUUCCCUUGGCACCUGGAGGUGGUUGACCCCAUCUUCAGGUGGGCCUGACUGAAAAGCAGCACUGCCUGUGGGUUUACUGGAUGCCAGAGCACCGUCGAGGCUCUGCUGUCUGUACUUCGACCUGUUGCUCUGUACAAGGUUUCCCGUGUUAGUGGGUUGCACUGUGAUAGUUGGUACCUGUAACCUGUGUUAAUCUGACCAGAUGUCUUGGCAUUAUAUUUGCACUAUUAAAGCAUUCUCUUGUUCCUGAUGUCUUGGCAUUGUAUUUGGAUUAUUAAAGCAUUCUCUUGUUCUAGUGUUGAACUGAA